ACAAGUAAUAAAUCAUAACAUUUAACAGGAUGUGAAUGCACUAUGGGUGUAUAUAAAGAAGAAAUAAGUUACCGCUAAGCUCAUUCUUAACAUAAAACUGAAAUGAUUGUUACAACACUGUUGAUCGUGGUAGUUCUCUUUUCCGGUGCAUCAGCGAUCCUGGUGCCAGGAAGUGGAGCUCUGACCGGAUAUUGCAUCACGUCGGAACAUUGCAAGGCCAACGAAUGCUGUGUUAGCUUCGACCAACUGAGAGGCAGGAGGGAUGCGGGCUAUCUGUCCCCGGAACUAAAACAAAUCGUGAAGGGGAAAUGUGAGCCUCUGGGACGGCGGGGCGCCACCUGCUAUGUGACACCACUGGCACAAGAAACAGGUCGGUACUACAACGCAUGUCCAUGUUCUAAAGGCCUAUAUUGUAGAGAAACUACAAUCCCCCCUACCGUUCCUUUAGGGCCGCAGGGCAAAUGCACUGCCAACAAGGGGUGAUACAAGAGAUACGGGUUUUCGAAGCAAGGUACAUAACAAGUGCAAAGGAAUAUGAGAUGUCAUUGAAUGUGUUAAAUAAACAGAGGAUAUCAGA